AUGAAACUUCUAUCAAUUCUCGCUGGAUUCUCAGGAGCCUGUCAGAACACACCGACUAAUAGCCCUUCAGAUGCCAGCAGUUCUAUUUUUGGUCAAAUUGUGACGAGCACAACUGAGAAUAUCGCAAAUGCUUUCAGAAGAGCACCAAAUAAAUUUGGAAUGGGAGAAAGGGAAGCACAUCCGAUGCAACGCGCAAUUGGCGAAGAAUUAAUGGCGGAUUUUACAAACGGCGUUUUGAAAUGUCUCCGAGAAAAGAAGCGAACUCCUUUGAGAGCGAAACAGCAAGAAGACAUGAUGGCUUCAGAGUGGGCUGCUCAGUGGCAGAGUCACUGUGGAAGCGUCGUGGAUCCCUUUUGCCCGGCAGAAAUCGGCGAGUGCUGGGCAAUGGCGGUUUUGCUUUGUAGAAGCGAUUGCGAUGCAAAAUUCGAGCUCAGAGGAAAUCGAAAGAAAUUCAAGCGCUGCAUUUACAAAGAGUUGAAAAUCUACGAGCGGCAGCAUCCUGAAACUGUCAAAGCAGAAUGCACAGUAAAAGGCAGUUACUACUAA